AUGCAUUUGCUUUGGAGCUUUCUUCUGCUUUGCAGCACUGAAGAUAUCAACAAAUGGGUGCACGUUGCCGGUGCUAUUCGGCUGGAAACCCCAUCAACCUUGUCAAAAGGAGAGCUGAUAUUUGCUUCCAAACAGGCAUUCGCCGAGAUGGUUAGCGUAGCCGGAAGUAAAACACAGGCCAAGAUCAACUACCCGUCAACGAUAGUAGCGAUGCUGGUUGAGAGGGACAACGCACCAACCGAGAUUUAUUUCAGCAGUUCUGUUAAAGGAUCCGGAAAGGAUAUGGUCUACUCUGGCCGGUUCGACGAUCCCAGAACAAUCGGCUCUCCUGAGGCGAUGAUGAAGGCGCACUUUGGUGACCAGAGACACCGUUACGGCGGCUCUUGUGGAGAGUUUGGCGCCCUCCGGGAGUACGACCGCCUCAACCGUCCUGCCGGUUCUAGGGAGUUUAAAUGGCCCGACAGGACUAAAACUACUUUUGUUGCCUGGUUCAAGGUAAAAGUUGUGCCUCCAUGCACGGCCGGAGACUGUCCGGAUGAGGAGCAGUUCGGGUGUGCUGAUUUCCUCAAAGUCACCAAUUUCAAGAAUGUAAUCAUCGAGGGGGAGCCUGACGGCAAUACGUGGAGCCAGUGGAAAUUCUCUCAGGUGCAUCCCACCCAAGACCGUGUUCCUGUUGUCCAGGACGCACCCGCUAUGGAAAUCUCAUGCCCGACGACAUCAAACCCCCCUUUGCCAGGCAACUCGAAGCGCUCUAUUAAAUCCAAAUCCUGCACUCGACCAUCCAAGGCCCCCAAGGCAGCUACGACAGGCGGCAAAACUAUGGGCGGCAACAAAAGCAAUGUGCAAAAGAAGACUGACGCAAGAAAUAGCGUGCAAAAGAAUGUCACAAACAAGACGGCUAAAAAGAAGACUGAUACAAGACAUAAUCUGCAGAAUAAGAAUGUUGGACCCGCUGCCGUGAGGGGCUCAAAGUCUAAAACAAGUCCUCCCAAGACGGCCAAAGGGCAAAAGAAUAUGGGUUUUACUCGGCGGCGGUCCAUCAAGAUGCAAAAGUAA